ACUUGAAGUACAAGCAUCCAGUGAAUUUGGAAUUAAAUAAAUUAAAUAUGUGGAAGAAAAUUGCUUUGUUAGCCAUUUUGGCUUCAGUGAAGUGUAACCCAGUGCAUGAAAAUGGUAUUGCGGAAAAUUUAGUGGGUGCUGUCAAAGAGUGCAUUGAAACCGAUACUUCGUUAUGUCUGAAGGAAAAAGCCCUGAAGUUCACCGAAAGGCUCUCCAUCUUGAAAGACCUGGACAUCUUCGAGGGUAUGAGCCUGGUGAACACUGGGUCAGCCCGGUCAGCUCGUAGCUACGAGCCUCUGGCCGAAGAACCCAAAGCCAGGGAACUCCAGAUUGACGAGAGGAUCGCUGACAACGUUGGAGACUUCUUGGAGAACCACGUACUGCAGUUACGUCUGACUUCUGAUGAUGGAGAAUCUAGAGGACUCGAUGAGGAAGCCCGUGGCAAGAAGAAGAAGAAGAUCAAGAAGCUGUUGCCCCUCCUUCUCCUGUUGAAACUCAAGAUGGCCGCUCUGAUCCCUCUCUUCCUCGGAAUCAUCGCUUUCGUCGCCGUCAAGGCCGUCUUCUUAGGCAAGAUCGCUUUCGCCAUGAGCGCCUUCAGCCUCAUCAGGAAACUCCUCGCCAAGAAGGGAGGUUCCUCAUCCAGCAUUUCGUACGCUGCACCAGCUCAUCAUGAGGAACACCCAGGGUACUCUUACGAGCCUGCCAGCUCAGGUUGGAGCCGGUCAGCGACCGAUGGAGCCUCAAUGGCCUAUGCCGGUCAACUGAACUGAAUUAAUCUAGAAUGAUUGCGUUAUUUAUUUGUGUGAAUGCGUGCUAUUUAUUUAUGUUUGUUGAAGCCAUGUACAAG